AUGGAUCAGGAUUAUAUAUUAAGAUUGGAAGAUGUUCUUAAAUCUACACUUUCGACUAAUAGUCAUGAAAUAUUUAAUGCGACAAAAAUAUUAAAAAAUGAAUACUUUGUAGAAUCAAAAUCAUUAGUUGGAUUGCUACAUAUUAUGCAAUCGUCUGAAAAUCCUCAAAUUCGUCAAUUGUCAGCAAUUGAAGCUCGCAAACUUAUUGCAAUAUUUUGGGAGGAUUUAAGUAAAUCUUUGAAAUGUCAAAUAAAGAAAUCGCUUCUUCAGUCAAUAGUUUUAGAACCGGUUUCUAUUGUUCGACAUUCAUCAGCUCGUGUUAUUUCAUCUAUUGCAAAAAUUGAUUUACCAGUUGAAGAAUGGAAAGAUCUUCCUAUAUUUAUACAUCAGGCAUCACUGUCGCAUAAUUUUUUGGAUAGGGAGACGGGUUUAUAUAUUUUAUAUGUUUUAUUUGAGAUUAUAGAAGAAAUGUUUAUUGAUAAAAUGGAGGAGCUUUUUUCAUUGCUUAAAUUAACGAUUAAUGAUAAGGAAAGUUAUGAUGUUAGGAUGACUACACUUAUGAUUCUUGGAAAAGUUGGGGAAAUUAUUGAUAGGGAUGACAAACAAAGCAUUAAAUCAUUUCAAGAAAUUUUUCCGUCUAUGUUUUUAGUUCUUAAAGAAACAAUUAAUUCUAACAAUGAAAAUUUUCAAAAAAAUGCAUUUGAAGUUUUUAAUACUUUGUUGAUUUGUGAAGGCGCUUUAAUAUCGAAAGCUAUUAAAGAUUUACUUGAAUUUAUGGUCCACGUAGCUUCAACAACAAAGUUAGAUGAUUCUGUUCGCUGUAUGGCUUUGAACUUCCUCAUUACGUGUUCUAGAUAUCGGAAAAACAAAAUCCAAGCACUGAAGCUUGGCCCUCAACUUAUUCUUAGUAUGUUGUUAAUAGGAACGGAAGAAGAUACUGGUUCACCAGAUGACGACUCUCCCUCUCGUCUUGCAUUUAGAUGUAUAGAUAUUCUUUCUAUUUCUUUACCUCCAUCACAUGUAUUUAUCCCUCUUAUGAAUUAUAUACCUCAAUAUUUACAAUCUGAAAACCCGGGAUAUAGAAAAUCUGCAUUGACUGCACUUGGUGUAGCUAUUGAAGGUUCUUCUAAUUUUGUGUCUACUCAAUUUUCAUAUUUACUUACAUUAAUUAUUAUCGGAUUAAAAGAUAAUUAUCAUGUUGUAAAGCGUGCUGCAUUAUUAGCAUUAGGGCAAUUUGCAGAUGAGCUUCCGGAAGAAACAUCAGAAAGGCAUGCAGAAUUAAUGCCUAUUCUCCUCGAACUUAUAUUAGAUUCCCAUGAAGAGACUAAAAAAUCUGCACUCAAUACACUUGAUGCAUUAUUAGAGUCUCUUGAUUCUAACAGUAUUUCUAACUAUUUUUCUUGCAUCAUGGAAAGAUUAUUAGGAUUAUUUCAAUCAAACUCGACACUCGAAAUUAAAUCCACUGUUGUCGCUGCUAUUGGAAGCGCAGUAUAUUCUGCAAAAGAUCAAUUUUCUCCAUAUUUUGAACGAACUAUUGAAUGUUUUAUACCAGUUUUGGAGCUAAAGGAUUCAGAAGACGAAUUAGAGCUUCGAGGCAUGGUUACAGAUACUUUAGGAACAAUUGCAGAAACUGUUGGAAAAGAGAAAUUUACACCUUAUAUCGAAUAUGUUGUUCAAAGUGCAUACAGAGGAAUGCAAAUAGAUCAUCCUAGAUUACGUGAAUGUUUAUUUUGCUUUUUCGCAAUUUUAGCUCGAGUGUACAAACAUGAAUUUGCACCAUUUCUUCAUGUUGUAAUACCUGCAUUGAUUCAAUCAUUGGAUAAAGAUGACUCUGAUGAUAUAUAUAAAGAUAGUGAUGAAAAUGAUAGUAUAAAAAAUUUUGAUAAUGACAAAGAUGAUACAUUACUUGAUAUGUCAAAAGUCAAUUCUGCAAUUACUAUGGAAAAAGAAAUUGCUGUAGAUGCUUUAGGAGAAAUAUGUUCUCAUACUAAGGAACUAUUUAUUCCAUAUCUUGAAGAGAGCAAAGAAAGGCUCAUUAAUUUAUCUACCCAUUUUUAUGAAGGAGUUAGGAAGGCCGCUAUAUCAAGUUUAUGGAGAUUUACAGCCACUCUAUAUAAUAUAAGUAAUCCACAACAAUGGCUUCCAGGAUUACCAUUGAAAAUUCCACUUCACACAGAUGUUGAUAAGUUUGCAACUUCUGUAAGAGAUAUAACUAUAGAAAUUCUGGAGGAUGAAAGUGAAAGACUUGUUGUUAUAGAAAUUUGUCAAAAUAUUUCAGAAACGUUGAAAGUGUGUGGUCCCGGGAUUUUAGGAGAUGCUGAAUCAAUACAAAAAAUAUCCGAACAUAUUCUUCAAAUUUUAAAAAAACAGCAUAUAUCUCAAUUAGACGAAGAUAUAGAUAAUUUAAUUAAUAAUAAUGAAAAUGAUGAUUAUGUUGAAAACGAUGAUAAAGAUAUUGCAGAAUAUGACGCAUUGCUUAUAGAUUCUGCCAUAGAUGUUUUGAUUUCUAUAUCUCAUGUUCUUGGAGAAGAAUAUUCUCAAACUUUUGGAUUUUUUUUACCUCAUAUACUUAAAUAUUAUGAAAGUGAAACUGCAAAUGAUAGAUCUAUGGUGAUUAGUGGCCUUGGUGAGAUUAUUGAUGGAUUAAAGGCAGGCAUUACUCCAUAUACGGAGCAAAUAUUUCAUAUUUUCAUGAAGGCACUUGAUGAUAAUAAUGAAGAAAUUAGGAGUAAUGCAGCCUGUUCCAUGGGUCUUUUGUGUCAAUAUUCUAAGUAUGAUUUAACAAGCCAAUAUAUGACAAUAUUUUCAAAACUUCAAUCUCUAUUUUCUAAUAAUAACCACAAAAAUGCUAAAGAUAAUGCAAUUGGAUGUGUAUCUCGAUUAAUUAUUUCACACCCUGCAUCUGUUCCUCUUACACAGAUAUUACCUCUUUUGGUCUCUUUUUUACCCUUACAAAAUGAUUAUUCGGAAAACUUUCCCGUGUAUUCUGCUAUUUUGAAAUUAUAUAAAUUAAAUGACAUAAAUAUCAUUUCAUUAACAGAAAGACUUAUUCCAAUAUUUGCUACUGUUUUAGGACCACCUGAGGAACAACUUACAGAACCUAUAAGAAAUGAAUUAAUAGAACUUGUUAGAGCAUUAAAUGCUAAUUAUUCAGAAAUUAUUAGUCAAUAUCCUUGCCUAUUAAAUGCUAUACGAUAA